AUUGAUAAGAGAUAAAAAAUUUGAAGUAAAGUAUUAAGCACACAUUUUUAUGUCGUUAAGUGAACUAUACAAUAAAAGAGUUGUUUCAUUGGCUUGAGUGUGUAUUUUUGGUGUAAAAAAUCUUAUUAAGUUAUGUAAAACAUAUAGUAAAUCUGUAAUUUUGCAGGCUUACUAGUCUGCAAAAUUAAUUUAAUGUUCUAUUGUCAUUGCCAAAAUUUCAUUAAUUUACUUUAACGAUCAACUUUUAAAAUCAUUAAAGUGAUUUAUUGAAUGAACCCUUCCAAACAUCAAUGCUUCAUAAAGUUAUUAAAAUUUUUCUUAAUAGUGUCAAGUAUUAUUGUGUAGCUCACUGUAUAUCAGAACAUAUACUGGAUGUAGUAGUAUGUUCAGGAAACUCAAUGGAACCAUCUAUUAAAUCAGGAGAUAUAGUUAUUGUGCAACGUUUCUCAACAUUUUUCAAUGAUAUUAAUAAAGGAGAUAUAGUUAUGACUAAGUCACCUAUCAAUUAUAAGCAAUUUGUUAUUAAAAGAGUAAGAGCCAUGGAUGGACAAACUAUCAGGAAAGGGACAAAAUAUCUAAUGAUUCCUAAAGGAUCUGUUUGGCUAGAAGGAGACAACCAAAAAAAUUCAAUUGAUUCUUGGGAUUAUGGUCCUGUACCUAAAGGUUUAAUAAAUGGACGAGUUUUAUAUAAAAUUUGGCCAAUGUAUAAUUUUUCUACUAUUUAAUAAUGUGGAAGUGCUAAAUAUUUGUAUAUAUUAAAUAUUCAAAAUAUUUUAUUA